AUUGUAUUCAAGAUGGAGACCGCCAGUAAAAUGAGCCUAGCAGCUCUACAACAACAAGAUCCGUAUAUCAACAAACUUCUCGAUGUUACCGGACAGGUAGCACUGUACACCUUUAAUUCCAAAGCAAAUGAAUGGGCUGAUGCUCCAUCCUAGGAGUGGUCAAAGAAUCAACUGCUGCCUUGGACAGUCGGGGAUCCCCAUUGGGAGGACAGGGCGACCCCGCCACCAGAACGGGCCCCAUGGCAGCGGCUGGCUGUGACUGCACGAUUGGAGUGGGGGUCUCCUUAACAAUGGCUAGUCAAAGCUCUUGCUGAGGGGGGUGCAGACCUUGGUGUGCUGGUCUGUGCUCUCUGGAGUUGUUUUCAUCUGAUGGGGAGCUGGGCCUCUCUGGAGUUGUCUUCAUCUGAUGGGGAGCUGGGCCUCUCUGGAGUUGUCUUCAUCUGAUGGGGAGCUGGGCCUCUCUGGAGUUGUCUUCAUCUGAUGGGGAGCUGGGCCUCUCUGGAGUUGUCUUCAGCUGAUGGGGAGCUGGGCCUCUCUGGAGUUGUCUUCAGCUGAUGGGGAGCUGGGCCUCUGGAGAGCAGAAGCGGACCUGGCUCUCCUGUGCUUAUUGCCGAGGGGGCCUAGAGUACGCCCUCCUGAUCUCUUCCCUUUCAUAGAGCAGCUCCUCGUAGUCCUUCUGCAGCUCCCAACUGGAGAGGGUGUGGUCACUCCAUGGUCACUGAGGAUGCCUGGAGCAGGGCUUGGACGAGAGAGGGGUGUAAGCUCAUUCUCGGGAAAAGACCGAAAUUGAAGGCACCUUAUUUGUUUAUGCCAGGUGUGCAUCCCCUCAUCAUGGCUUCACCAUCAUGAAUCGCCUGAGUACAGAGAAUCUAGUGGAGCCCAUCAACAAAGACCUUGAGUUUCAGCUCCAAGACCCCUUCCUGCUGUACAGGAAUGCUAACUUGGGCAUAUACAGCAUCUGGUUUUACGAUAAGAAGGACUGCCAGCGCAUCGCUCAGCUCAUGGUGAAGAUUGUGAAGCAGGAAGCCUUGCAGGGCCACCGGGGCUCCCCAGAGAGGGCUGACGUCCCUGGGAGGACCAAUGGCUGCUCCAAUGACAUCCUGGAGCUCCUCAGCAAGGCCAAGGAUGAGUUCCACAGGACUCAGGCGGGGGAAACAGAGCUGUCCGUUACUGCUGAGCAGAGGGUGAACACCGAGACGCUGAAAUCAGCCGGUGACACUACAGCGCACGCUCACAGCGCCUCACAGCCAGAACAGAGCUCCCACUCUGGCCAGAGGCAGAUCACUGUGGAGGAGCUGUUUGGCAGUUCUCUACCGAAGGAGGCCAACCUGCUGCCAGCCAUGCCCACCCAGAGUUCCACAGACCCUGCUGCCACAGCCCCCGUCAGCUUCCUCCAGGCCCAGAGCUAUGCUCCGCCCAACCCUUUCCAGCCCUUACUGACACCCCGCCUCACAGCAGACCCAGGGGGAAACAACCGGCACCUCACCCCUGGUCUGAUCUCCCUGAUGGAGGCCAGAGGGAGCCCUGGCCCAGGCUACACCCUCUACCCUGUGUUCCCCGGUGGACCUUCAGGGGACCCCCAACCCCAGCACUCUGUGUCCCCACUGUUGGUUACGCCAUCUGGGAUUGAGGCUUGUGGUCCUCCACCUGGCCCUCUGUCGGCCUACCUGGGGAAGGAACCGGCCUACCUGAAACCCAGCCGCUCUGAUCUCCACAAACCCGCCCUCACACCUAGCGUCUUGCCCAGCCCGCUGGCCACACCCCAGAGCUUCAGAGAGCCAAUCACCAAGCCCGCUGCCCUCUGCAGCAUGCCCACAGGCCGUGUGCAGGCUGUCCCUGUGAAGGCGGGUCUUGUGGUACCGGGGGCGGGCACAUCACUUACGGGGGCAAAGCACUCCAUUCUGCUCUCACCAAGCGCCUUUCAGCAUUCUGUUGCCAAGACAACGGAACUGCAGAGGAAAGCUGCCCCUCCCUCGCCUCCGCCCGCAGCCACAGGGGGGGUGGAGCUCCCCCAACCCUCCUACAACAGGAUUCAGUUACAAGACGCACUCAUCCACCUCAUCAAGAAUGACCCAGUGUUUCUCAGUACCAUCCACGAGGCCUACCUCCACAGUCUCUCCAAGGACCUGAGCUACGUCAAGCUAUAGCCUCAUUCCAAACCUGAGGCUGGGCCUGGACACGCCUGGACAGGGGCACCAGCUAACCUAACCUACAGGUACUGGACCACUGGGGGCUACUGCUGGCCAUGUGCAGAGGCACAAACACUCCUAACUUGAGGCACAAACUGGCUCUGUACCUCUGGAGCAGCUAUGUGACUGCAGGAGGAGGACGGGACUCGAAUGUAGGAGGCUCAUAUCAUUGUUCUCCUACCCUGUGUGGAGGAGAAGGUGAAUGGGGACAUGUCACAGUAGUGUCAAAUCAAGUACACACUCUAGUAAGACAUAUUGUUGAUGAGAAAUAAACCCCUGGGGAAGGAGGAUGAUAAUAAGAGUAAACCGUAAACCCUCAUAUUGUCUUGGGAAAGAGCCUCCGGCCCUCUAUGGUGAGGUCAGUGCUUAGGGACUUGCCGUGCAAGCCAAAAUGAAUUCAACUCCAGGUCCACUUCCUUGUUCUUCCUCAGUACAGCUGGGAUUCUACACACAUGCUCUCUCUCGUACCCCCUCUCUCUCGUUCUCAAUCUCUCGUGAUCCUUCUUUCUGUCAUUCCCUCACCCCGUUCAUGACCACCAGCCUCUGUCGCUAUGCCUGUUAAGGGAUGUGUGCAAUAGAUUGCAAUGCCUUUUGGGAGAUUAUAGUUUAAAAAAAAUAUAUAACCAGGCUUAAGUGUGUUUUUCCCAAGGGUUUAGACAGAGAAUUGUUGUAUUCAUGUAGGCCCUAUUACGUUGGGUAAGGCAGUAAAAGCUACUGCAAGACUGUACCUGAGCUAACAGCAAUCAUCAAAAGGAUAAUCUUGUUUAAUAAGGUUGAUGUCCACGCCCCCGUGGAAAUCCAAUUGGUAUAAUGAAUUUUU